AUGGCGUCCCAAACCCAACAAGGCGAUUUCUGCCUUGAAUGCAACUGGGAAGCCUUCCACAUUGAUGGCAAGGCCGCGGUAGAUCCAUCGGGUAACGUUCUUCAACAUCAUUGGAACUGUUCAAGUCAUGAAACCCAGACACCGCUGCCCCCUUGUGAGGUUGAUGAGGCCUGCUGUGAUGUAGACGACUGCGCGCUAGACUGCGGGUCCAUAUGCGGCGGCUUUACCGGCUGUGACACUUCCACCGUCUGCUCAGUUACUCACUGCGAGGAUGACAACUGUGAUGACGACAACUGUGACGAUAACCAGUGCGACGAUACUCAUUGCGAUACCAACCACUGCGAAGAGGAUAACUGCCAGGACAACCACUGUGAAAGUAUUGACCCUCUGUGCUUCGAAGACCACUGCUGUGAAGGUACCGCGAGUCAAGACUGUGGCUUUGACGCUCUGUUUGGACUCAACACCCCACUGUCGCUAGACACGGGGGUUUUCCCUUCCAUGACAAUGGGAAAUCCUUCCGUUGGCCAUGGGACAAAAGCCAUGCAGCAUCCUCUCCCUGGUGUCGUCGAUCCAUUUCAACAAGAAAACUUCUUAUCCUCAUACCAAACGCAUGCCACACACUGCGAACAGGAGGUAUCCAACCAUUUCGAGUGCCAUGAUUUCCAGAAAGACUGGCAAGGGAUGUUCGCGACGCCUCCUGUUCCCACGCAAGCCGAAGUCAACCCAGCGGAGGUUUUCCACAUGCUUGGUAUGUGUUCCGACUUCUCGAUAUGCCAAGAUCAACACGUACCUGAGCCUCAGACCGGCCUCAAUACCUUCGACAAACCCAAAAUCGACACAUCAGACGCAUUCAAUUGCUUCCAUCCUGAACAUCAUCAUGUCCACAACCAUUUCAAAAACCCAAAUGAUUUUAACUUGCAAACUAUCCGCAAAGGACCUCACCGCAACCAUCAUCGCUGCCGAGCUCACCACCAUGCUCAUUCUCACCCGUAUUCCCCUUAUUCCCGACAGUCUCGCUCAAGCAUCAGCUCUCACCUCCUUUCCAGUCCAGGAGAGACCCCACCACCUCUCGAAGGCGAUUCCUCAUCCGUGCUUACCACACCGGACUUUUCUCCGGCUGACAGUAAGCUGCACAUCUGCAAGUGGGCAACGGAAAUUCAUGGAAUCAAGGCUGCUUGCGGUGCGACCUUUGCCGAUUGUGGUUCUCUUCAAGACCACCUCGUUGCCAGUCAUAUGAAUACCGUGAACGGUGCCAAGGGCAAUGGGUACUACUGCUGCUGGGAAGGAUGUCAUCGUCCGGACGAGCCCUUCUCGCAGAAGUCCAAGCUUCAAGGUCAUUUCCUUACACACAGUAACUACAAGAACUUUUCGUGCUCGGUGUGUGGCAAGGCGUUUGCUAGACAAGCCACAUUAGACCGACACGAGCGCAGUCACCGCGGCGAUAAACCAUACACAUGCAAACACUGCGGUAAAUCAUUUACAGAUAGCAGCGAAUUGAAAACACAUUCGCGAACCCACACUGGCGAAAAGCCUUUCAAAUGCACCUGGCCAGGAUGCAACUUCACCACGGGCGACUCUUCCAAUAUGUCUAGUCACAGACUUACCCACGGAGAGCGAAGACACAAAUGCCUUUUCCCAGGGUGCACUAAGAGCUUUACACGCCCUGACCAAUUGAAACGCCACCAGAAAACAACACAUAAACAAGAAUCCUCCUCGUCACUCCCAUCACCGAGCCCCGAUCACUUCAAUAUGACCCCCUUCACUCUCGUCUAA